UUAUUAAAAAAAUGCUAGUAAUUAUUAAUCAUUUUCGGAAUUCCAAUCGCGCAUUAUCUAAAUUAAGAGAAUUGGCUGGUAAUGCAACAUUAAAACCUCAAUAUCCAUGCAUUACCCGUUGGACGACAUUUACAAAAUCAGCAGAAAAUAUAUUAGAAAUUAAAACAAAUUUAAAAAUUAUUGCACUUAUUCAUACAUCCUAUUUAAUAUCGCGUUCACAAGAAAGCAACACCCUAAGCGAUAUUAUUAAUGAUAAUGAAUUCUGGUUAAAACUUGAAUUGUUUUAUGAGUUGUUAAAACCGUACGAUUAUGUCAUAAAAAUUCUUGAAACAGAAAAAGCAACAUUGGGUCAGGUGGCUGCGUCAUGGGCAUGGCUUCGUGGAGUUAUUAACAAAAGUACAUUUACUAAUAAUGAUUUUCAGGAUUCUUUAAUUAUAGAAAUUGAUAAUCGUUGGCAAAAAAUAUUCAAUCCAGUUUAUUUAAUUACCUGGUUUCUUCAUCCAUAUCAUCACGGUGAAGGAUUAAAUCCAACAUGGCUUCUAUACAUUCAAGAAGCUGCAUACGGCUUAUUUUGUACUUUUUAUCCGGAUUAUAAUCAAGACAAAUUUAUUGAUGAAUGGUUAAAUUACUCAAAUCACGAGGGUCCGUUUUCUGCAUCUUCUAUCAAAAAUCCAAGUUUUACAAGAUUUCCAUUAAGAUAUUGGCGCACUAUGUUAAAUGUGGCUCCAAAUUUAAGUGAAUUUGCAUGCCGUCUUUUAUCAAUUCCACCUAAUUCAGCAACUUCCGAACGAGUAUGGUCUUUAUUAGGUAAUAUACAUACAGAACGUCGUAACAGGUUAUCACCAAUACGGGCUGCAAAAAUGGCGCAGGUCUCUUGGUAUAUAAAUCUAACGUCAAAACAAAAUGAAAAAAAAGCACAAAAAUUAAAUGAAAUAGAAAGUAAUAUUUUAGAUAAUGAUGACUAUAUUGAUAGUAGCGAUGACUAUAUUGAUAGUAGCGAUGACUAUAUUGAUGGUAAUGAUGAUGUAGACGAAUUUAUA